AAAUGGCAGGAUCCUCAAGACGCAAUCCUGGCCGCUGAAUGCUGAAAAUCGAGACCGUUGUUUUGGCCCCCCAACAGGAAGCGGUGAUUCGACUUGGGAAGUGGUUGGUUUGGUUACCUUCACAGAAACCCUUUGAGGCAGUUUUGAUUCGAUGAAAAGGGGCGGUUUGGACUUGCAUCGUUCAAUGGCUUGGAUUUCCUUUGGUGAAUUCCACACGCGUCUCAGUCCCCAAAAAAAAAAAAAGAGAAUUCCACAUGCGUGGCUACUUCAGAUACAUCCAAUCAAUCUAACGGUCCAAAAUUUUUGAAGUGCAGGAGAAGGGGCCGAACGCUGAAGAAGAGAGAAUCUGAGAUUCGGAACCGUUGCAGCACUGGGUGCUCAGAGCCGAAGAAUCUGUUUCUUAAUCGUCGUUGAGCUCCAGAGCCUGGACACUGAUUUUUCUCUCAUCAGAAGCAUGGAGGUGGACUAAGGCAAAUUCAAGGAACCAGGGGGCUCUUCUGAGAAAAGCUUCCAAGAACGGAGGUGAUUUCCUUUGUGUUUAUGGAUUCUCUGUUUUUGGGUUUUAGUUGCAGAGCUAGUGUUUUUAUAGGAAAUGCUUAUUGUACAGGGCUGAAUUUGAUCUCUAGAGCAUUGAAAAUUAAGCAACAGUAAUUUUUUUAAUUGAAAUCUAAGUCAUGAUUAUUUGACCAAAAGAACAAAUUUGAUUGCAUGGCAUUAUGUCAGUGGGAGUGAUACCGAGUGCUUGUAUUUCCCUUGUACCGAAAAUGAAAUCUUUCCAUGAGUUUCAGUGGGCUCAAGUGGUACAGUAUCUUUAUUCUUGUAUUAGUGGUUGUUUCUUGAACAUUCCCCAAAUGCAUACUUUAUUACUUGUGAAUUGAUAAUUGAUAAUUAAGUAAUAACGAUUCUAAUUUGAAACCUAACUCAAUCAUGAUCAUUUGACCCCCAAAAAGAAACAAGAUUUAGAUUAUAUGGUAUUAUAUCAGUGACAGUGGUAACGAGUGCUCUAAGCAUCGAAAAUGAAACAGUGGGCCCACAUGGUAUAGAUUUUUUCCUUGUUCUAAUUUUUGUUUCUUUAACAGAUUCCAAGUAAGAGCUAAGCGAGGCGGAUAAUUUGGAUUACCUUUUUGGCCAUCCAUGUUUCGCUCUGAUAAAUUAUCUAUUUUAUUUUGUAUCCCUAUUGGUAUGACUAGGAUUGACCUUGGAGUAUGCAAUUGCAUUCUUUCGUGACAGCUGGAAGCAGAAUAAUAUAUUUCCAUAGGUGCAGAAAAAUUAUAUGCAUUAGCUUCUCUACUACGGCACUUCAUGGAAUGCACAUAAUAGUGAGGCGCCGUGCACAUGGAUCUUCGUUGCCAUUAAGUACAGGGAGACUUGAGAGGAUUUGAUCCUUCGACAAAUUGCUUUGUGUAAUUUUCUCUUUUCCAUUCUUGGCAGCUAAAAAAUGUCAUUUUCAAGGUUUCUCUUCAGUAACGGCAUCCUCUUGCACACCCCAGAUGCUCCUCCAGUCAAGGUCCUCCUUGAAGCUAAUCCAGGUGCUUACACAACCACACGGACUCAUGACCGUGGUUCCUACUUAUUAUUUUGGGAAAGACACAUGAAAAGACUUUCAGAAUCCGUACAUACUUUGUCAAACUUAGCUCCACAACUUCUGUUUAAAUCUGACAAAUCUACAAGUUCGUCACCAUCAUCAGUAAACUUUCCAAUAUGGCAACCCCCGGUUCAGAUGCUUGUUAAUGAUUCCAUUAGCAAGGUCUUACCCAUUGCAUUGAAAGAGAUAAAUGAUUGCCAAGAACUGGCUAUUACAACUCUUGUUUGUGGUAAUUUGGAUGCACUGAAUGCACAGAAGACUGUGGAAUGUCAAGAAAGAUUAAGACAGACUCUUGAGGUGCAUGUUCAUGUUGAGACUUAUAUUCCCCCUUCAUUUGGUAUAAGGGAAAAUGGUGUAAAUUUGGCUUUGGUGGGCUGGGGGAGGAAUGUCGCAUCUGCAAAGUAUUCAGAUUGGGUUAGGUUGAGGCAGAGUCUGGAAAAGCUCAGGCCUCCUUCAGUGACUGAACUGUUGCUGUCAAAUGAUGGUGAUCAAGUGCUUGAAGGUUGUAUAACAAACUUCUUUGUUGUUUGCCGCAAGGAUACGAGCAAUGACAAUCACAGAAAUGGAAACUCUUUGGAAGUACAGACAGCUCCUAUCAGUGAUGGCGUCCUUCCAGGAAUUAUACGUCAAGUAGUGAUUGAAGUAUGUCGGAGCAAUGGAAUCCCAUUUCGUGAAGUUGCACCAUCAUGGUCAGAACGUGAAGUGUGGGAGGAGGCAUUCAUCACGAAUAGCUUGAGGAUUUUGCAGCAUGUGGAUAGUGUUCAGGUUCCGACUGAUUGGCAAUCAGUCCAUUCCAAAACGUGGAAAGAUGUUUCAUGGGAAAAGAAGCAGUUUCAGGGGGGACCUGGGAAGAUCACUGCUAUAAUCCAGGAACUGAUUAUGGAGAGAGCAGCACAGGAAGGGUACGCAAGCAUUAACUUUAUGAUGAAGUGUGAUCAAACUUCUGCUGGUAUGUAAUGUUAUUAGUAAUGCAAGAUGAGAGGAAUAAUCUUCAUUGUGAUUAGUAAAGUAGUAGAUGAAUAAUUGCUACUCAGAUAGUUAUUCCUCUCUGCUGUUUAUGGCUUGAAGCGCAUUCUUGUGAUGAAGGAUCGAACCUGUGAUUGUUUUUCAUUUUAUCCAAAAGGAUAUUUAGUGCUGUUGUU